AUGCAUCGAGCAGCUCGAAGAACUUUGUCGUGCCAAGCGCCCGCACCUCGUCGUUGGACACAGACAAUCCUCGGUGGCAAGGAUCACACGACUCGCGGAUGCAAAGAAACGUCGCAAUUGGAGCGACGUUUCGUGCACAUUGGUGACGAAUACGCGAAUGGCGAGUACGUGAGUAGCAACGAACGAUCUCUUGUCUGGCGAGAAAUCGACGCCACGUUCGAGAAUCGUAUAUUGACAGGUGCGGUGAUAAAUUCUAAUCACAUCGAGCCGCAGCAAUUUUUAGAAGACGCUAGCAGUGUAGUUCUAGAGCGAAUGCGAGACGCUGAUAAACGUGCUAAUAAGAGUAUAGUUACAAAGAACAGCGAGAUAUACCGAUUUGCGCGAGUGGUACGAGCACGUCCUAUCAUCCAGCCUAUCCUAGCAUCGCUCGAAGAGUUCCAGGAACGCGACAGAGGGUGGGCAUUGUUACGUAUAUUGAAUUUGACUAUCAAUGUGAACAAACUGAAUUCCCUGCGCGUGGGAUGUCACAUCGAAGUGCCUCAAGAAAUAGUGACGAAAUGAGCGAUAAUCAGUGUUCGUACGACGGACAAUGCCUGUUUCGCGUGGUCGAGUCUGUACCCAGCUGAAAAAUAUACGGAGCGGGAAUCGUCUUAUCCGCAUUACAUGACAGUGUUGAAUCUCAUGGAUAUCGAAUUUCCAAUAACUUUCAAAGACAUUUUUAAAUUCGAACGAUUGAACAUGGUGUCGAUCAACAUGUACGGCAUCGAGAAUAAACAAGUUCUUCCUCUGCGGUUCACCGAUGACAAGAAGCACGUCAAUCUCCUGUAUCUACAAGAUUCACACAACGACAACCUUGGUUACUUUACGUGUAUCAAGAACCUGUCGCGUCUCGUGAGUUCGCAAAUUAUUAGGAAAAAGAACAAGAAGUUUUUCUGCGAUCGGCGCCUUCAUUACUUCGGUUCGUGCGAAAAAUUGCAAUUGCACGAAGUGGACUGCCAGAAAAUCAAUGAUUGCGCCAUCCGACUGCCGAGCGAGGACGACAAGUGGCUCGAAUUUGGAAAUCACUGUAAUAAGGAGCGCGUCCCAUUCAUCAUCUAUGUUGACCUGGAGUGCGUCCUACGUAAGACAGAAUCCGACAAGGAAGAUGCGUCGUCAUAUGCGUAUCAGCGGCAUGAAGCGCUUAGCAUAGGCUAUUACGUGCGAUGCGCGUACGAUACAUUAUCAUCGUACUACUUCCAUCGCGAUGAAGACUAUAUAACGUAG